UGUCUACAUUCUUCGAGUCUAAGCAGCGAAGCACAGUCAAGUUUCGGGAAAGCUCAGAAGGCAAAAGGCUCGUGAAGCGUUUGUUGCGAAGGGGAGAUCUAUCCAUUCAGAGAGGGAGCUUGAAGGAUGUCGAAGGAAGUGAGUGAGGAAGGAGGAUCCCAUGGGAAGGACUACGCGGACCCUCCUCCAGCCCCUCUUAUCGACAUGGGGGAGAUUAAGCUCUGGUCCUUCUACAGGGCUAUAAUCGCUGAGUUCAUCGCUACCCUUCUCUUUCUCUACAUCACGGUAGCCACAGUUAUCGGUCACAAGAAAUCUUUUGCCACUGGGCCCUGUAAUGGCGUUGGUCUUCUGGGAAUCGCUUGGUCUUUUGGUGGCAUGAUCUUUGUCCUUGUCUACUGCACCGCUGGAAUCUCUGGUGGUCACAUAAACCCGGCUGUGACCUUCGGACUGUUCUUGGCGAGGAAGGUUUCUCUGAUCAGAGCUGUGGCUUACAUAGUAGCUCAGUGCUUGGGUGCUAUUUGCGGAGUUGGGCUGGUGAAGGCGUUCAUGAAGCACGAUUACAACAUGUAUGGAGGUGGAGCAAACUUAGUUGCGUCUGGAUACUCAAACGGGACAGCUCUAGGAGCUGAGAUUAUCGGAACCUUCGUGCUGGUCUACACCGUCUUUUCCGCCACCGAUCCCAAGAGAAGCGCUCGCGACUCACAUGUCCCUGUGUUGGCUCCCUUGCCUAUUGGGUUCGCAGUCUUCAUGGUGCACUUGGCCACCAUCCCAAUCACAGGAACGGGCAUCAACCCAGCUAGGAGCUUCGGCGCUGCAGUGAUCUACAACAAAGACCAAGUCUGGGAUGAUCAUUGGAUCUUCUGGGUUGGACCGUUGGUCGGAGCACUGGCUGCAGCAGCAUACCACCAAUACAUACUGAGAGCGGCAGCCAUUAAAGCUUUGGGAUCAUUCAGGAGCAACCCCAGCAACUAAAAGAAGAAACCCAUAUUCCCUAACACCCACCUCCACCUCUACCUCCCCCUCCCAUCAGUGGGGGUUUUCUUUUCUUUUUUUAAUUUGUCUUUCUUUGGUCUGUGUGAGUGUGCGUAAGAGAGGAUGAGUUCUCCAUUUUUUCUUUCUGUAAUUUAUAUUUUAUCUUGGCUUGUUGGGGGUGGGGGCCGGAGGAAGAGGAUAUUACUAUCUGUGUGAAAAAGCUGUAUUAUUAUUGUUUAUGAGUAGUGGUGGGGCAUCAUUUUCAUUGAUCUGUUA